GAAGGGAACUUUGAACCAAGCGAAUUGUCGAAAUGGCGUCCAAGUUGUGUGAUUCCUGCAAUUCAGCGACGGCCACUCUUUUCUGCCGUGCUGACUCGGCGUUUCUAUGCUCCAACUGUGACUCCAAGAUCCAUGCCGCCAACAAGCUCGCCUCGCGUCACGAACGAGUUUGGGUGUGUGAAGUAUGCGAGAAAGCACCUGCUCACGUCACCUGCAAGGCAGAUGCCGCCGCUCUCUGCGUCACUUGUGACCGUGACAUCCACUCCGCCAACCCUCUCGCUCGCCGACACGAGCGCGUCCCCGUAACCCCCGUCUGUGACUCCGUCAACUCAGUCCCGGCCGUUAAGCCCAACGGGGUCGUUAACUUUCUGGACGAGCGUUACUUCUCAGACGGUGACGGAGACGCUGACUUCAGCAGGGAGGAAGCUGAGGCGGCCUCGUGGCUGCUUCCCAACCCUAAUCAUAAGGUCGUGGACAGCCCGGACGUGAACACGGGGCAGUACGUGUUCCCGGAGAUGGGCCCGUAUCUGGAUUACGGGCAUGGUGAUUCGAAACUGAAGCCCCAAGAGCAGAACAGCACUGGAACUGACGGAGUGGUCCCUGUUCAAAUCAAGAGAGUUCAAGCUCCGUCGGUAAACUAUCGCUGCUUCGACUUGGAUUUCUCCGGAUCCAAACCCUUCACUUUUGGCAACAACCCAAACUUCAUUAGUGACAGUGUAUCAUCAUCAUCGUUGGAUGUUGUGGUGGUCCCAGAUGGAAGCACGAUGACGGACAUAUCAAAUCCGUGCAGCAAAGGGACUGAGUCAAUAGAUCAGACGGUGUUGCAGCUAUCACCGGCGGACAGAGAAUCGAGGAUACUAAGGUACAGAGAGAAGAGAAAGAACAGAAAAUUCGAGAAGACGAUCCGUUACGCCUCCAGAAAGGCGUACGCAGAGAUGCGGCCUAGGAUCAAAGGAAGGUUCGCGAAGCGUACGGACAUAGAAGUCGAAGUCGAUGGCAGUAACACGUAUGGAUUUGGAGUCGUCCCGUCGUUUUAAAGUUAACCCCCUCGGUAAUAAUAUUUUUCAUGUUAAAUUUUGAAACUUCAAUUCUCAAGUGCUUUUGCUUUACUUGACUGGUAAAUGCUUUUUGUCCCGAGGGAUUAUGGGUCUUCAAGGUGUUAUUUUGCAGAUGAAUGUUUAUGUUGUGUAUAUAAGUAGGUGAAGAAGGAGGUGGUGGUGUAAUCCAGCCACUUAUCUUUACCAUUGUUUUGUACA